CGGCGCACAGGGACUGGACUGAUUUACCCACAACACAGUGCUUCUCUCUACCAGCACAACAAACACUGAAUUCUGCAGGGAAUGCGAAUGAUGCGCUGGAAACAGGACGAGCACCCGUUACGCUGCGUGGUGAAGAUGAUGGCGAAUUUAACAUCGGGUUGAGUUUAAAUGCAUCGUUAGAAUUACCUAUUUUGAAGCGGGUCAGCUCGGAUGAUGGCUGCUGCGCUACAGCCGGAGACGAGGAAGUUUAGCCGGGCUCUGAGUAAACCUGGAACCGCGGCAGAGCUCCGACAGAGCGUGUCUGAGGUGGUCCGGACCUCUGUACUGCUGACUAAGCCAAAGGUUAUCGAGCCAUUGGACUAUGAAAGUGUGUUGGUGCAGAGGAAGACUCAGAUCCUUAGUGACGUCCUACGGGACAUGCUGCAGUUCCCUAUUGAUGACUUCCAGAUGUCCACUGUGAAGCGGCAGGGCAGAACUCUGUACCCCACUGUCCCAGAGGGAGCAGAGAACACAGCCUCCAGUCUGUUUGUUCAAGAGUGCAUCAAGACAUACAACUCAGACGGGCAUGUGAUAACCUACAAGUAUGAGGACUAUUCUGGAGACUUCCGCCAGCUUCCCAAUAAAGUUUCUCGACCAGAGAAGCUGCCCACACAUGUGUUUGAGGUUGAUGAGGAUGUUGAUAAGGAUGAGGAUUCAUCAUCUCUGGGCUCUCAGAAAGGUGGUGUGUCCAAACAGGGCUGGCUUUACAAAGGAAACAUGAAUAGUGCCAUUAGUGUCACAAUGAGGUCUUUUAAGAGGAGAUAUUUUCAGUUGGCGCAGCUGGGGGACGGAUCAUACAAUCUGAACUUCUAUAAGGAUGACAAGAUCUCCAAGGAGCCCAAAGGGACCAUCUUUCUUGACUCAUGUAUGGGGGUUGUCCAGAACAGUAAGGUGAGACGAUUUGCCUUUGAGUUGAAGAUGCAGGAUAAAAGCUCAUAUUGUAUGGCUGCUGAUAAUGAGGCUGAGAUGGACGACUGGAUCAGCACACUCAACAAAAUACUGCAGAGCAGCUUUGAGCUGGCCAUGCAGGAUCGCAGGAACGGAGAGCUGCACGAUGAUGAUGAGAUAGGAAAGUCAGAUAUUCCUUCUGAAAAUUUCCAGGACAACUUUCAGAGUGCCAAAGACAUUGAGUCCAAGAUGCUCAGCGAGACUCGAAUGAAGCUCUUCACAUUGGAUCCAGACACUCAGAGAUUGGAUUUGUCUGGCAUUGAACCAGAAGUGAAGCAGUUUGAAGAGAAGUUUGGGAAGAGAGUUCUGGUCAGCUGCAACAAUCUGUCGUUUAACCUACAGAGCUGUGUGAACGAGAACGAGGAUGGACCUUGUACUAAUGUGGAACCAUUCUUUGUGGCACUGUCGCUGUUUGAUGUGCAGAACAGUAGAAAGAUCUCAGCUGAUUUCCAUGUGGAUCUAAAUCACCCAGUGGUGCGUUCCUUGAUUGCACCACACUGCUCUGUGAUCAACGGUCAUGGAGAAAAUCUCAACACUCCACACACUCCCACACAGCUCAACGGACUGUUAGAGGGGGCACUGGAGUACCCCACACAGGGUGUUUUUUCAGUGACGUGUCCACAUCCGGAUAUUUUCCUGGUGGCACGGAUAGACAAAGUGCUGCAAGGGGGCAUUGCACAUUGUGCUGAACCUUACAUGAAAAACUCUGACUCAACUAAGGUAGCACAGAAGGUUCUGAAAAAUGCUAAGAUGGCAUGCAGUCGACUGGGCCAGUACAGGAUGCCUUUUGCUUGGGCUGCCAGGCCUGUGUUUAAAGACGCUUCAGGGACUCUGGACAAAAGUGCUCGCUUCUCCACCCUCUAUAGACAGGACAGCAGCAAACUGUCGGAUGAAGACCUGUUCAAACUGCUGGCUGACUUCAGGAAACCUGAGAAGAUGGCCAAGCUUCCUGUCAUUCUUGGUAACCUGGAUGUGACCAUUGACAACGUGGCUCCAGAUGUGACCAAUUGUGUUACUCCCUCCUACAUCCCUGUGCAUCCUUAUGAUAGUAAUGAAGGAGGGCCUUUGUUAGAAGUGGAAGAGUUUGUACCUUGCAUCGCCAAGUGUUCGCAGCCCUUUACCACCUACAACAACCACCUCUAUGUCUACCCUAAACACCUUACAUACGACAACCAGAAGUCUUUUGCAAAGGCGAGGAACAUUGCAGUGUGUGUCAUGUUCAAAGACUCUGAUGAAGAGGAUGCACAGCCACUUAGGUGUAUCUAUGGACAUCCAGGAGGACCUCUGUUUACCACACAUGCCUAUGUAGCAGUGUUGCAUCACCAACAAAAUCCUGAGUUCUAUGAUGAGAUUAAGAUUGAGCUUCCCACUCAGCUACAUGAGAAACAUCACUUGCUCUUCAACUUUUACCACAUCAGCUGUGACAACAGCGCCAAGAAACGGGACGUGGUAGAGACACCAGUGGGUUCUGCCUGGCUGCCUCUGCUUAAAGACGGCCGAGUCAUUGUGAGUGAGCAGCACUUUUCUGUGGCUUCUAACUUAUCUGCAGGUUACCUGAGCUGCCAUCAUGGAAAUAACAAGCACUCCAGUCCGGAGGUGAAAUGGGUGGAUGGAGGUCGUCCACUUUUCAGAGUGUCGACACACCUGGUCUCCACAGUCUACACACAAGAUCAGCACCUUCAUAAUUUCUUUCAUCACUGCCAGCUGAUGGAAGCUGGAUCAGCUCAGGCCACAGAAGGAGAGCUGGUCAAAUACCUUAAGAGCCUUCAUGCAAUGGAAAGUCACAUGAUGAUCAACUUUCUGCCAACCAUCCUGAAUCAGCUGGUUUGGGUUUUGACUACAGCCAGUCAUGAAGAAGUGGCAGUUAACACCACCAGGGUCAUGGUCCACAUAGUUGCUCAGUGUCAUGAGGAGGGUCUAGAACACUACCUCAGAUCUUACGUAAAGUUUGUGUUUAGGACUGAACCCUUUUUACCCACGAAUGGUAAGGCGGUGCACGAGGAACUGGCCAGAGCAAUGACCGCCAUCUUAAAACCUUGCACUGAUUUUCUCACCAGCAACAAGCUACUCAAGUACUCCUGGUAUUUCUUCGAGGUCUUAGUAAAGUCCAUGGCUCAGCAUUUAAUAGAAACAGGCAAAAUCAAACUUUCCAGAAACCAGCGAUUCACUGCUUCCUUCCACCAUGCAGUUGAGACUCUGGUGAACAUGCUGAUGCCACACAUCACUCAGAAGUACAAAGAUAAUCUGGAUGCUGCCCGCAAUGCCAAUCAUAGCCUGGCUGUCUUUAUCAAGCGCUGUUUUACGUUUAUGGAUCGUGGAUUUGUCUUCAAACAAAUCAACAACUACAUCAACUGCUUUGUGCCUGGUGAUCCGAAGACGCUGUACGAGUUUAAGUUUGCGUUUCUCAAGGUGGUGUGUAACCAUGAACACUACAUCCCACUUAACCUGCCCAUGCCCUUCGGAAAGGGAAGGUUUAUGCGCUUUCAAGAUCUGGAGCUAGACUACUCCCUGACUGAUGACUUCUGCAGGAACCACUUUAUGGUUGGGCUGUUGUUGCGGGAGGUGAGCGGAGCCCUGCAGGAAUUUCGGGAGAUCCAGCAGAUAGCUAUCCAAGUUCUUAAGAGCCUGAUGAUCAAACACACAUAUGAUGAUCGUUAUGCUCCCAAGAGUCACCAGGCUCGAUUAGCAACUCUGUACCUGCCACUGUUUGGACUGCUUCUGGAGAAUGUUUACAGACUCACUAUGAAAGAAACAUUUAUCAGUCAGAAUGGUAAGGAAGACCUCCUCUUCAGCAUCUCUACAGCAAGCUCACAUAAGCUUGCUUGGAACCUUGAGAGCAGUCUGCAUAAGGAUGUAUUUGGGACCAUCUCAGGCACAGCCUCUCCACAUACUUCUACCCCCAACAUGAAUGCUGUGCGCCAUGCUGACUCCCGCGGCUCUCUGCUCAGCACCGACUCGGGAAACAGCUUUACUGACAGAACCUGUGAGAAGAGCAACGCUACUGAUAAGACCCAGUGUGCAAUUCCUUCAAGCAGUUCAGUUUUGCGCUGUGAUAAAUUGGACAGAGAGGAAAUCAGGAAUCUGUUGAUGUGUUUUCUACAUGUACUCAAGAGCAUGUCUGAAGAUGCAUUGUUCACAUACUGGAACAAAGCCUCUCAGUCUGAACUGAUGGACUUCUUUAUGCUCAUAGAAGUGUGCCUCCACCAGUUUAAAUACAUGGGGAAGAGGUUUAUUAUCAGAUGCCAGGAAGGAACAGGAUUUAUGGCUUCAGACAGGAAGUCAUUGACUCUUCCUGUGUCUCGUAACAGAACAAGCAUCCUACACACUCGUUUACACCAACUUGGCUGUCUGGAAAAUGCACACACUUUCAACCACAUGUACAGUGGACAUGCUGAUGCUGAGGCAUGUCUGUUAGAGGCCAACAUUUCCACUGAGGUGUGUCUGACUGUGCUGGAUACCCUGAGUGUCUUCAUCACAGGUUUUAAGUCACAGUUGUGUGCUGAUUUGGGCCACAAUCCUCUAAUGAAGAAGGUGUUCCAGGUUCAUCUUUGCUUCCUGCAGAUUCCUCAGUCAGAAACAGCAAUGAAGCAUGUCUUCACCUCACUACGUACCUUUAUAUACAAGUUUCCUAGCACGUUUUUCGAUGGCCGAGCCGACCUGUGUGCCUGGUUGUGUUACGAAAUCCUGAAAUGCUGUAACUCCAAACUGAGCUCGAUCCGCAGUGAUGCCGCCAACCUGCUCUACUUCCUCAUGAAGAGCAACUUUGAUUACACUAACAGAAAGUCAUUUGUCCGCACUCAUCUACAGGUGAUAAUAGCAGUUAGCCAGCUGAUAGCUGAUGUGAUUGGUAUUGGAGGUAUAAGAUUCCAGCAGUCUCUGUCCAUCAUCAACAACUGUGCCAACAGUGACAAGAACAUGAAGCACACUGCAUUCCCCUCAGACGUUAAAGACUUGACCAAGCGGAUCCGGACAGUGCUGAUGGCCACACAGCAGAUGAAGGAGCAUGAGAAGGAUCCUGAGAUGCUGGUGGACUUGCAGUACAGCCUGGCAAAGUCGUACACCAGCACACCUGAACUGAGAAAGACAUGGCUGGACAGCAUGGCUAAAAUCCACGUGAAGAAUGGAGACUUGUCAGAGGCAGCAAUGUGCUAUGUGCAUGUAGCAGCACUGGUGGCAGAAUACCUGAACAGGAAAGGAAUGUUUCAGCAGGGCUGUUCAGCGUUUCGUGUUAUCACCCCAAAUAUCGCUGAGGAAGCAGCCAUGAUGGAGGAUGUUGGCAUGCAGGACGUGCACUUUAAUGAGGAAGUACUGAUUGAGUUGUUAGAGAAAUGCACUGAUGCUUUGUGGAAGGCUGAACGUUAUGAGCUCAUCUCAGAUAUCUACAAACUCAUCGUCCCUAUCUAUGAACAGCGCAGAGACUUUCAGAAAUUGGCGCACCUGUAUGACACGUUACAUCGGGCAUACACUAAAGUCCUUGAAGUGAUGCAUUCUGGAAAAAGACUGCUGGGAACAUUCUUUAGAGUGGCAUUUUUUGGUCAGGCUGCGGGCUUUUUUGAAGAUGAGGAUGGGAAGGAGUACAUCUAUAAAGAACCAAAGUUCACACCUCUUUCAGAGAUAUCACAGCGCCUGUUAAAACUCUACUCUGAUAAAUUUGGCCAGGAGAAUGUGAAAAUGAUCCAGGACUCAGGAAGGGUGAACCCUAAAGACCUGGAGGCUAGAUUUGCCUACAUCCAGGUUACACAUGUCACUCCAUACCUGGAGGAGAAGGAGCUGGAGGAGAGGCCUACAGAUUUUGAAAGGAACCACAACAUCCGGCGCUUCGUCUUUGAGACACCGUUUACUGAGUCUGGCAAGAAGCAUGGCGGUGUGGACGAGCAAUGCAAGCGCAGGACUGUGCUCACCACCACUCAUUGCUUUCCUUAUGUAAAGAAGCGCAUAGCAGUGAUGUAUCAGCACCAUACAGAUCUGAGUCCCAUUGAGGUGGCUAUCGACGAGAUGAGCAGUAAAGUUACCGAGCUGAAAACUCUAUGUGCAGCCGCAGAGGUCGACAUGAUCUGUCUGCAGCUCAAACUGCAGGGCAGCAUCAGUGUACAGGUAAAUGCAGGACCACUUGCGUAUGCGAGAGCUUUCCUCGACAAUACGUGUGCCAAGAAAUAUCCUGACAAUAAAGUCAAACAGCUCAAAGAAGUCUUCAGACAGUUUGUGGAGGCUUGUGGUCAGGCUCUAACAGUGAAUGAGAGGCUGAUUAAGGAGGAUCAGCAGCAAUAUCAUGAUGAAAUGAAGGCCAGUUACAGAGACCUGACCAGAGAACUCUCACUAAUCAUGCAUGAACAGGUCUCAGCAGUUGAAAAUGGAGCGAAGAGCUCACUCUCUGAUUCUCUAAACAUCUUUAACGCCAUCAGUGGCACACCAGGAGGCUCCACCCACAGCAUGUCCAGGUCUGCCUCCCCCAUGUGACUUUUCAUUUUAACCAUACAUUUUGGACCUGGUUGAGAGAGACACAGACAGCUCGCAGUCCUACCAACAAUUUAAACUGGAUGCAGUAUGCAAGUUUCCAUUCAAUCCGCACUACUACUGACUCAAAAGUCUUGAGUUUCUGUAUGUGCAACAGUGAAACGUGAAGAAACUACAUCAACUGCAGGCUGUCAACAAUCAUACCACUGAAAUGGAUUUGCUUGGAGUGCUGAUGGGGUCCCAAGAUUUUUACAUUUAAAUAUGUACAGUAUGUUGACAUUCUUUGAAAUGAUCAUUAGAAAUGUUCAGUAUAACAUAAUUUUUAAUUAUAACUCGAAACUUC